AUGGCCACCUCCGAGCAAGCAAAAGGGGGAAACAACAAAAGAAAAUUCAGGAACAAGAAAAAGGACCAGUCUACUCAAGACCCUGCCAAGAAACAACAAGUGGUUGCAGUGUACGUCGCCACAACCACUACCAACCCCACUCCGAUAAGGCAAUACGUCGGGAACCUACCUAAGUGCAACAAAUGCAGCUACCACCACAAAGCUGCCAACGCCGGAGCAAGCCGAACUUGCUAUGGAUGUGGAGAAGCAGGACACCUCAAACGUAACUGCCCGAAUGCAAGAAACACCAACCCCGACGAAGUGGGCAGAGUUCUGGCGAUAGGUCAUGAGGAAGCCGUCGCAGAUCCAACUGUGGUUACCGGUACAUUUCCCCUCAACAAUACCUACGCAUGCAUUCUUUUCGAUAGUGGCGCGGAGAAAAGCUUCGUGAGCCACCAAUUUAAACGCUUGCUUAAUCAAACACCACAAACACUAAAAGACACAUUCACCGUAGAAAUGGCUAACGGAAAAACAGAGAACACUAACAACAUUUACAGUGGGUGUACCCUCACCUUAAAUGACCACUCUUUCCAAAUCGACCUUGUGCCGGUCACCAUAAAAAGUUUUGACGUUAUCAUUGGCAUGGAUUGGUUAUGCCCUCGCCAUGUGGAAAUCCUAUGUCACGAAAAGGCCUUUCUCUUUAAUCUGCCGAGUGGCGAAGCUCUCGUCAUUUAUGGCGACAAGCCUAGCACAAACUUUCAGAUAAUCUCUAGUAUCAAGGCUCAAAAGUAUCUUCGCAAGGAGUACCAUGCCUUCCUAGCCCACGUCGUAGAUAAGGGUCAAGGAAUGAAAGACAUCAAGGACAUUCCGGAGGUCUGCAAAUUCCCCGAUAUAUUCCCAGAAGACCUUCCCGGAGUGCCCCCUCCUUGA